UCUUUCUAUUUAUCCAUCUAGGAUGAGUUAAGUGAGGAUAGUUUUAAUACUUCUAAGCACCCGAUUAUUCUCCGUGAAGAACCUGGAAGCAGAGGCACUAUGCCAGGUAUGGGCACUAUGAACAGCAUGGGAGGUUACCAACAGAAUUCCUUUGGCCGGCCGCCGAACUACUAUGGUGGACGAAUGGACGAAGAAUUCUCAGAAUGCGAAUCCCUAGUGAACGGAUCUACAAUGCCGCGCACUACUCCAAUGUCUCAAUACUCAAGGAGAGAAAGAAACCUGUGAACUCGAUUGACUAGGUUUUAAUAUUAAUAUUUAUCAUUUAAUUGUAGGAAAAACAAGAAAAUUUUGAAUUUAUACAAGUUUGCAGCUAUGUAUUGUAAAUUGUAGAACCCUAUUUUGUAAUUGUCAUUAUUUAAGUGAUUUAGAAUCCUUGUCUUACUCUUAGUCAAAAAUGUUUAAUUGUAUUCAUAAGAUUAUGAAUUUUUAGUACUUUUUAUCUCGAAAAUCUGAAAACGGAAUCCUAAACUCACAGAUCGGACUGUUGUUUUAACCUAUUGGAGAAAUGAAUGGUUUUGUGUGACAAAAAGAAAAGUAUUUUAUGUGGUAGACUAAAGUGACGGGGGGAAAAUAAUGAGUGUAAUUAUUGGAAAUUAUCUUUUGCAUAUUUUUUAAACAUUGCUAUAAUAAUCUGUACUACUUUUUUUUCAACAGACUUUGUUUAGAGUUUUAAGUGCAAAAGAAACCCAUUUCCUUUUUAAUUAUAAUUGUUCAAUUUCGAUAUCCUACGUACUACUAUUUCUUUAGAUUUUUACUUUAAAGUAUCUUUUCGAAAACUUGGAUUUCCUUGUAUGUUUUAAGAUUCCAUUUUUCAGAUUUUCCUCUUUAUCAUGACCAUUCACAACUAUAAUUACCAGUCUCAUCUUACUAAUUGUAAUCUAUUAAUUAUUAUUAUUUAUAAUUUAUUAUUGUUUUUAUGUUUUUGACGACAUUCCACCACGCUCUUCCGUUAUUUAAUAAAUCUUGUAAACUUGACUUUUAUAUUUUUAGAUUUAAUCAAUUUAGUUUUUGUCAGACCCGCCCUCCAUCUGCGAAAUUAAAAAAAAUCCUGAAAAAUCCUCUAAAAUUUUUGGAUUUUUUUCAAAAGGCAAAACUUAUCAGAAAGAUUAAUAAUGCUGGUUACCAAAUGUUUAAUUUAAUUACUAGGCAAAUAAUCGUUUUGUUUGUUGGAGAGAGUAGGAGGAGUCAAAAUUCAUUUUUUUUGCUUACUUGAUCACCCAAACAUUUCUUUACUGUUCAAAUGUAAUAAAUAAAGAAAUUGUUUCAGAUGAAUUAAAAUGCACAAGCUACUGAAAUAUCGAUUAGGAACCAGGAUCUGGCCUUGCAGGUUUUUUUCUCAAGAAGCACCCACUCAGAAGUAUGGGCAGCCGACACCUUGGACCCAUCCGUAUUUGUUAAAGGAGAACGAAGUUAAUGUUGGAAUUUCUCAGUCAGAAUUUACUUCUCGAAGAGAUAAACUAGUUGAGAGUAUAUUAAAAUCAGGAGGAGUUACUACUUCUAACCGUCAUCUCAUUAUCCUACCCUCUGCCAGAAAGCAGUUUAUGGUAGAUCAUAUUCCUUAUUUCUUCAGGCAAGACACAGAUUUCAGAUACCUCACGGGAUGCUUACAACCUGAAUGCAGUCUAGUUAUUGAGUUUUCUGGAGAAAAAUCUAAAUCAACGCUUUUUAUGAAGGAGAAUACUGCCUAUGAGGAGAAGUGGGAAGGAACUCGGUUCGGUUUUAGAGAAGCAAAAGAGUUCUUUUGUGUUGAUGAGGUGGUGGCGAAUAAAUCUUUUAGUGAAUAUAUUCAUAGAUAUUCUUCAGAGAAAGAAGCAUUUACGCUCUGGUAUGAUCUGAUGGAUCCUCGGGAUGCAGAAUCUCAUCAAUUGAUUAAUUCAUUUAUCUUAAACGCUAAAAAACGACACCCGUCGUUAACCGUUGAGGCUCUUAGGCCUGUUUUGCACGAGUUGCGCAGUAUUAAGUCCCCAGCUGAAAUAAAUCUUAUGCGUACAACAUGUCAAAUAGGAGCCCAAGCUCUCCGAAAGACAAUAUCGAAGUCACAAACUAUGAAAACAGAACUUGAAUUUCAAGCUAGAGUUGAGUUUGAGUCUAAAAUGAAUGGUUUUGNCCGUGGAGCCAGCUAUCUUGCCUAUCCCCCAGUAGUUGCCGCAGGCAACAAUGCAACAACAAUUCACUACAUUGAUGCCUGUCAAUCUGUGGAGACUGGAGAUAUGAUGCUGAUGGAUGCUGGUUGUGAAUAUCAUGGAUAUGCCAGUGAUAUCACAAGAACCUGGCCAGUUUCAGGAAAAUUUACUGAUGCACAGCUGACUCUCUACCACGUGGUCCUUGACUGCCAAGAACAGCUGAUACAAUCCAUCCAACCAAACCAAACCUCAAUACAGCAAUUAUACUCAGCAAUGCAAAUUAUUUUAGCAAAGAACCUUCGUGAAGCUGGACUAAUAUCGGGUGAACAUGAUGAUAAAAUGGCGAUUAGAAUGGCAUAUCAGUUCUGUCCUCACAAUGUUGGUCAUCAUCUGGGUAUGGAUGUACAUGAUUGUGGGAGUGUUAACAAGGGUCAACCUUUACUUCCUGGAAAUGUGAUUACUGUAGAGCCUGGAAUAUACAUCCCUUCUUCUAAUACAAGUGUACCUGAGGAAUUCCGGGGAAUAGGGAUUAGAAUAGAAGAUAAUAUUUUGAUAAAUCAGACAGGCUGUGAAGUUUUAUCUAAAGAAUGUCCAAAAUCUUCCCAAGAAAUUCAGGAUUUAAUAUAUUAAAAAAUUCCGCUUAGUUACUUAAUUUUUAUAAUUAUGAUUUCCCAGAAAUAAUGAUAAUUUCUU